ACGAAUGUAUUUAAACUGUAGCAAAUUCACGAAUGCCGUAGUUCGAAGCAAAUGUAAAAUGUUGAAAUGUUUUUUGCUUUUGGUGGGCAUAGUGUGUAUACCGCUGGUUCUUUGCCUAAGAGGCCUCAUAUUGGGUCCAGGCCGCUGGCUGGUUCUCCACAUGGGACAUUGCGAAGACCAAGUAGAAUACCCGAUGGUGUAUGAGGUCACGCGCAAGAAGAUCAACCGUACCCACGACUGUUUCGAUGCGCAUAUGAUUUUCGAUAGAGAUGUCAACACGUCUUUUUCCAUACAAAUAGACGUGUUCCAAGAAGUGGACGGCGGAUUUAAGUUCUACGAGACGAUUAAGGACGACAACUACUGCGCUUUCCUAAUGAGGCACGCAGGAGAAAACAUGAGAAGAGGACUCACCCUAGCUCAUAUCGAUCCACCGGAAUGUCCUUUCUUAAAGGGUGAAGUAAUAAUGAAAAACUUUGUGAUGGACUACCGAGAAUUAGCAAAGCAUGGCGUCUACGGUACCUUCCUUGCCAACCUAUACUUCAUAUAUGAAGAUUUAAAGUAUACCUGUGUGCAAACUAUCCUCAACUUUGAUGAGUACGAGAGCGAUUAUAAUGAUGAAGAGGAGGAGGAGGAUGAUGAUGAUGAUGAAGGCGUUAUUGGUAAACUACUGUAA